CCGUUGCCAGCUUGUUUCGACUGCCCGCCUCAUCCUGUGAACAACAACGUCAAACCAACCAAUCGUGUGGAUCCAAUGAAUGACUGACUGGAUAUUUGUCCAAUUAAGAGAUAGUUUCCAGCACUAGUCACAGACAAGCCCCCUUACCAUCAUCCUCCGCACUCAGCGAAGAUUAGCUUGCCUUGACUCCCUCCCCUUGCCCCUGCUGUUAAGCAUUGGGGAGUCCGCUGUCGGCUGGUACCAGACGCCCUCGAAUUUCCAAACAUCGGGCGGUUGACUUCCAGGGAGAUAUUUCGAGGACCAGCCGCCUGUAACUGACUGGACAGCCGAGCUUUCGAAUGGAAGCGGAUGGUUUCGUGUCCAGGCGACGAAUGUCCGUGGACACGACGAGCGCUGACGGCGGGGUCACAGGCGCUGCAGCUGGGGCGGACAUCCGAUGGCUGGGCGGCAGGAUUUUGAACGCUACGGGGGGAAUCGUUGGAGGGCUUACGCCGCCCAGGAUAACGGGGGAAAAAGACUUUGCUGUGGCGAUGCAUCGCGCAGCUCCCGAACCCACCACGGCUACCGAGCCUGAAAUUGACUAUGAGGGUCUACCUCAAGGUGUAGCUACCAGCACACACAUGUUGGCGGGUGCCGUGGCUGGAAUCAUGGAGCACUGCCUCAUGUACCCCAUCGACUGUGUCAAGACCAGGAUGCAGAGCCUGCAGCCCCAGCCCGGAGCGCGGUACAGGAACGUGAUGGACGCCCUGCGGCAGAUCGUGCGUACGGAGGGGGUGUGGCGGCCGGUGAGGGGCGUGAACGUCAUGGCGGUGGGGGCGGGGCCAGCGCACGCGCUCUACUUCGCCUGCUACGAGAAGAUCAAGUUCUCCCUCAGUGAUGCCGUGCACCCCGGGGCCAACAGCCACUUCGCCAACGGGAUGGCAGGUUGCAUGGCCACAGUGCUCCAUGAUGCAGUCAUGAACCCAGCUGAAGUGGUGAAGCAGCGCAUGCAGAUGUACAACUCCCCGUACCGCGGCGUGCUGGACUGCAUCGGCGCGGCGUGGCGCCGCGAGGGCCCGGCGGCGUUCUACCGCAGCUACACCACGCAGCUGACCAUGAACGUGCCCUUCCAGGCGCUGCACUUCAUCACCUACGAGUACCUGCAGGAGUUGCUCAACCCGCUGCGCCACUACAACCCCUCCUCGCACGUGGUCUCCGGGGCGCUGGCCGGCGCCAUCGCCGCCGCCGCCACCACGCCGCUGGACGUGUGCAAGACGCUCCUCAACACGCAGGAGGCGCUGGCGCUCACGGCCGAGGGCGCAGCCGCCGGGGGGGAGGGGGUUGCCGCGGCGGCGGCCGCCGGCGGGGGCGUAGGAGGAGGAGGGCGCCAUAUCUCGGGGCUGGGGGAGGCGUUCAGGACUGUGUACAGGAUGGGAGGGGCCCAGGCCUUCUUCAAGGGCGUCCAGGCGAGGGUGAUUUACCAGAUGCCCUCCACCGCCAUCAGCUGGUCGGUGUACGAGUUCUUCAAGUACCUCAUCACCAAGCGUCACCACGAGAGGCGGCUGAGGGACCGCGACGCCGAGAAGUAGAGGAGGAGGAGGAAGACGGGCUUCAAUCAAUAUGGCCGACUGGAGAGCUUCUCUUCUUGGGGAUGUGUGAAUGCUAACAGAAAGUUGGCCCACCUACCCUCUCUCUCACACACACUCUCUCUCUCUCUCUCUCUCUCUCUCUCUCUCUCUCUCUC